AGAAGGAUACCGAAGUCUUUUGCUUACUACCUCAGCUACCAAACGAUCAAUCAACCAAUCACUGACAAUGGUGCACUGGACCGAUGAAGAGCGUCAGGCCAUCUCUUCAACCUGGGCCGAGAUCAACGUGGAGGAGGUUGGACACCAGGCCCUGGCCAGGGUGCUGGUUGUGUACCCCUGGACACAGAGGUACUUCAGCACAUUCGGCAACGUCUCCAAUGCCACCGCCAUUGCUGGUAACCCCAAGGUCCGUGCUCACGGCAAGAGGGUGCUGGAUGCUCUCGGUGACGCUAUCACUCACUUGGACAACGUGAAAGCAACUUACGCCAAGCUGAGCCAGCUCCACUCUGAGAAGCUCCAUGUCGACCCCGAGAACUUCAGGCUCCUGGGCGAAACGCUAAUCAUCAGCCUGGCUGCCCAGUUUGGCGCUGCCUUCACCCCUGACAUCCAAGCUGCCUGGCAGAAGCUGCUGGCUGUUGUCACUGCCGCCCUCAGCAAACAGUACUACUGAGCGCCCUCUACCGGAGGAACCCUGUUCAAGCUAACCUGCGACAUUACUGGAAAUCUUGCCCGACAGCGCCGACUAGUGUUUUCCUUUCAUUAUUACAGUAUCAUUGUUUCUGUCAGUUACUAGCCUUUUAAAAAUUUAAAUCGACCAAUAAUGACUUGUAAAUAACAUAUUAUUAGAGUGUCUUGGUGUUGUCAGAUAAUAUUUUAAGUGCUGCGUUGGUGCUUCAAUAAAAUAAAAACAGUUAUUAUUCAUCAA